UUUCCCUGUGUGCCGUCGACCUCUGGUUCACGGUUUUCUCUCACUUGUGUGCCGAGGAAGAGAGAGGGUAGGAGAGAGAAUUGGGGUUGAAGGUGGUGACGUGGGGGACAAUGUGGCGCAGGUUAUCGGUGUCUCUGAAAAGUAUAGCGGCGGCAACCUCUAGGCGGUCGGCGUUGCUGCUGCCUUCUCCUCCUCCGUCGUUCCUCACCCGGAGGUCCGAUGGGGGCCUCCUCCGCCUCGUGUCAGCUUCCUCUUCGUCGUUUUCCUCCCUUGGCUCCGUACCCUCGCCUUCGUCGGGGGGCAUUCCGCCCUUCUUGGCCAAUCAGACGACCUCUGCCGUCGAAAAUGUUCUUUCCAAAGAAAAGAAGCCAGUGAAAGAUAUAAUGCCUAUUGCAACUGGACAUGAGCGAGAGGAGCUAGUGGCUGAAUUGGAGGGCAAGAAAAGGUUUGACAUGGAUGCUCCCACUGGUCCAUUUGGAACCAAGGAUGCACCAGCUAUUGUGCAAUCAUACUACAGCAAGAGACUAGUCGGAUGCCCGGGUGGAGAAAAAGAGGAUGAACAUGACGUUGUCUGGUUUUGGCUUGAGAAGGACAAGCCAAUGGAAUGUCCUGUUUGUUCUCAAUAUUUUGAGCUUGAGGUGAUUGGUGAAGGUGGACCUCCAGAUGGCCAUGGUGAUGAUGACCAUUGAUUUGUACGACCAUUUUCACCCUGCCAAUUAACAUUGGGAUGAGAAGGAAAUAACUUUCUGUUAUGGUCUGAAGCACAACAUAAAUUUGUUCUUUCUAAAAUGCAAUUUUCAUUUCUUUUCUUUAAAGGUUAUUCAUAUUGCUCCUUUCAUGUGGUGACGGCCAUGUGCUCGGAGCAUAUCGAUUUUGGAUUACAGAGGGUCUUGGAUACAUUCUGAGAAUUCCAUUGCAUCAAAAUAAUAUGUAAACUCGCUGAGUAAUAAUAUUGACAGAGUUUCAUUUGA